AUGCCAUCACAUUUAACUCAGCCUUGCUCAACUUUGCCCUCAGCUACUCUUAAAGUCUCCUUGAAUGAUUCUCAUACGGAUUCACCGUUACUUCCUGUUUCUACCACUGUUCCUAAAUAUAACACAAUGGAACCUGGGAUCCGAGUCACUUCAGAUUCAGAUUCUUGCGCAAGUCGACCCAUCUCUCUACUUAAUGUUAAUGAAUCAACCAACCUCGUCGCUUUAGAUGGUUUUGAUGAAUAUGUCAAUAGAACAAACCAAAACGUCAAAGAGAGGAUUGAGGAGCUAAGUGGUGCCCUAGAAGGAAGAUCGUCUCGAGCUCAGACACACUCGGUUGUAGAUCAUGUAAGCCUUAUUUGUGUGCGCCUUAUCUUUGAGUUAUACUCCUUGUACAACACACUCAAUUAA